AGGGCAGGGGUGAUCCGGGCCGGGUUUGUCCAGAAGCCUCGCAGGCAAUAAAAGCCACUUAGGGGGCGGGAGUGAUCGCUAGAGCAGGGGAAACAGCGCCUCGGUCGGGCCGAGCGCUCACUCGAACAGUGGGGCCCUACUUAUAGACUUUUGCUUGACAUGGGAAGCUUCCAGAUUUCCCAGCCGCCUUGUAUAAAUAUAUUCCCAGGGCCGCUGUUAAUACUUAUUUCCUGUCCAGAUGGGUUUACAUGAACACAGGGUCACACUUGGGACAUCACACAAAAGGCUAAACUUUGAAUAUCCUGUAUUUUGGAAAUCUUAAACCUGCAAUUCCUGGAAACUGUAAUACAGAGUUUUUAUUUUUUUUUUUAUUUUCUGGAAAACACAAAAAAAGAAGGGGAAAAUAGGGUAUCUUGCAACAUUUAAAAUGACUUCAGAGCUAGAGAGCAGCCUCACUUCUAUGGACUGGCUCCCAAAGAUCACAGUGAGAGCCGCCAUUCAAAGUUCUGAUUGCAGCCAACAUGCCCAUGGAACAGGUAUCCCAAAGAAGAAUUCGGUGCUUGACCCAAACACAACACUGGACCAGGAAGAAGUACAGCAGCACAAAGAUGGGAAACCUCCAUAUAGCUACGCUAGCCUCAUUACAUUUGCAAUCAACAGUUCGCCAAAAAAGAAAAUGACUUUAAGUGAGAUUUACCAGUGGAUCUGUGAUAAUUUCCCAUAUUACAAGGAGGCUGGAAGCGGCUGGAAGAAUUCUAUACGACACAACCUGUCCCUGAAUAAGUGCUUUCUGAAAGUGCCUCGAUCCAAGGACGACCCCGGAAAGGGGUCUUAUUGGGCAAUAGACACAAAUCCAAAGGAGGAUGCAGCACAAGCACGGCCAAGGAAAAGGCCGCGAUCAGAAGAGCGAGCCUCAACCCCAUACAGCAUAGAUUCUGAUUCCCUGGGAAUGGAUUGUAUUAUCCCUGGAAGUGCCUCUCCGAACCUGGCUAUCAACACUGUGACUAAUAAAGUAACCUUAUACAACACAGAUCAGGAUGGCAAUGAUAGUCCUCGAAGUAGCCUUAACAACAGUCUUUCUGAUCAGAGUGUGUCCUCCUUAAACUUGAAUAACGUUGGCAGUGUACAUAGCUAUACAUCAGUAACAAGCCAUCCAGAGCCAUCUGCUCAAACAUUAACACAACAAUCGCCCUAUAGUGCACCAGAAAGAGACAAACUCUUCCCUGAAUACAAUUUUGAAGAUCUCAGUGAUUCAUUUAGAAGCUUGUAUAAGUCUGUUUUUGAACACUCUGUAAGCCAAGGCUUGAUGAACCUGCCUUCAGAGUCCUCCCAGCAGACCCAUUCUCCUUGUUCCUAUCAGCACUCCCCUAGCAGCACAAUGAGUUCUCAGCAGCACAGUAGCCAAAAUAACAUAACAAAUAGCCAUGCAAGUAACCUUGGCACAAAUGUAGGCGACUCCAUGGGGCAGGUUCACUUAUCUCACACUCAGCUACACACGCAACAGUCACAACAUUCACCACACAUACACCACAAUGUAGUACAUCAUCAGCAUCCUCAGCAGUGUACUCAGCACACAUCUCACUGUCAUCAACAAAGUCCUCAUCAGCCUCAACAUCCUCAGCAGCGUGCCCAGCAUCCUGCACAGCAUCAGCAUAUACAGCACCAUCCGAACCAUCAGCAUCAAUCUCUAGCACACCAGACAUCUCUAACACAGCAACAAAUUCCAUGUGGUAAUGAUUGGUACUCCACUCUAGACAUGCUAAAGGAAAGCUGCCGUAUUGCUAGCAGUGCCAACUGGUCUGAUGUGGAUCUCUCUCAGUUCCAAGGUUUAAUGGAAAGCAUGAGGCAAGCAGAUCUGAAGAACUGGUCCCUGGAUCAAGUUCAGUUUGCAGACUUGUGCUCUUCUCUCAAUAAAUUCUUUACCCAGACUGGCUUUAUCCAUUCACAGAGCAAUGUGCCAUCCCCAGUUUGCCACAGUAACCUUCACUCCACAAAGCCCACACAGCACCUUGGAACAGGUAAUGUAUAUAUGGAUUCUAGGCAAAAUGUUCCUACUUCAAUGAUGGGACCUCCAAGUUACCCACUUAUACCAACGCCAAUGAGCACUACAGGGUCACAUAUGUCAGGACACCAUGGAGUAAUGAACCAGCAUAUGAUGCCAUCAUCAAACUUCCACAUGCGCCGUCCUCUUCCCGCAGAUGACAUUCAAGAUGACUUUGACUGGGACUCUAUUGUAUAGCACUAUUAAACUGGUUUACUGUCUUGUGUCCCUUGCUAUUGAUAUAAGUGACCAUGAAUGUGAUGACAAAAGGUAGAAAUAUCCAAAUCAUGAAAGCUACACUGCUAUCAAUGUUGACUUUGAUGACAAUCAAAACUAUACUUAACAGGAUAAAUGAAAUGGAUGGUUUGAGUUGACCCUGUAAAAAAAAAAAAAAAAUCUGUUUGUUUCCUUGGUAAGCUGCCGACGCUCAUUAUCGUUAUGUGAUUUAGACAGCUUGUUUGGCUUUGUGUUUACUAAUGUCGGCCACAAGUGUCACACUAAAAUCUGGAUUGAUUCUCACUUGGCGUACUUUCUUAGGGAAUAUCAGUUAGCAUUUCACGCCUUCCCUAACACCAAACCCAGGACUGAUGGAAGGAACUGCUGCACAUCAGGUUCUAGAACCGAUCUUGUCAUUUUGUUAUUUAUAUGCCUUUAUCUGUUGCUUUGUAAUCAUACGUUCAUGAGGGAAUCUUCCAUUAUAACGUCACUGCCAUUGAGAGGGGCAACUGAUUAACUAGACAAGGAUGUGCUGUGCCUUUAGCUCCAAUUGUACAAUACAGAUUGCCUUGUCAAGGUUGCCAUUUGCCCAUAAAUCCCCUUUUAUGUACAUGAGGCUUUCAUUUAAGUGAUAGCUUAUAUAUAAGCUCACUAAGCUCUGACUGCUGCUUUCUUGCAGCAAAUAAUGCUUUUCAUAAAAGGAAAUAUAUACCUAACAUAGAUCCUCCAUUUAGGCUCUAAAACAUUUGGACAAUGGCAUAUUAACUCAACUGAACAUACUUCACUGCUUAUUUGCUAUUAUGCCAGAAAGUGGAAGCAUCCAUGUUGCUUUGGCAGCAGUUGAGCAGCUCAGAAUAAACUACAUUGCCAAAAGCAUCCAGAGAUAUCUCAAUCCAAGAGCAAGGGUAUUAAUAUAAUGUUGGUCUCACAGCAGCCUCUAUUCUUCUGGGAAAGCUUUUCAUUAGAUGGUGGAAAUUGUUUGUUGGGAUUUGCUUCCAUGUUGCCACAAUAACGUUAGUAGAGUUGGACACUGUUCCUGCCUGAAUGCAUAAUGCUGACUAAAUUUAGCGGAAGAAGAAUUCCAACACAGGCUCCAGGUUAGCCCACAGGAGUCCAGUUGUUCUGGGUUCUGUGUCAAGUUAUUCCACUCCCAUCUCUACAGUUCUGUAUGGACAGUGCUUUAUCGGCAUAUCAGUCUGCCUCAGGACAGAGCUUUCCCAUAAACUGUUAAGUAAAGUAUAAAUGGAAUUGUCAAGAAUGCACUGUACACUGUAGUUUUAAGGUUUGCUUUCAGUUGAGCCAGAGAUCCAGAAAAACAGCCCCAGUCUAUUAUCCCUCUUCACUACACUUAGUCGGCGUUACACAUUCAGGCACAAAGGGUCAUUCAUCACUUUAGGGAAUGCAUUUCCACUGUCUCCGAGUCAAGUAGUUGUAACCUUCAUACAACUCCAAGGACAUAGUGAUGUUAGGCUUGUGUGCAGCUGCUAGCUCAUAGGAAAAGCCCAUGCUCCUGGUCUUGUAGAAGUGGUCCAACUGAGGAGAUGCUAGGGGCUGUCCAGAUUCUUUUGGCUAUAAAGUCUGAGCACUUGAUGGUGCAGUUCUGCUGACUAUAGAGAUCUUCCUAUUCCAACGCAUAAUUCCACAUAUGCUGAGAAGACAUUUCUGUGUGUUUAAUAAGCUAAUUCCUUAUAUGUUACUGCCUAUUUAGGAGACACUAAAUGGAAGAUAAAUCCUGCUAGAGUAUAUUUCCUUUAAUUUAUCCACAACUUUGUUUAGGGCAACAGUACCAGUGCCCUACUGCAUUUUCUCUAAUGUAUAUUAUUCUUUCCAAGGGCACUGGUAUCUGAUAGUAAAUAUGUUGUGUAAUAGAUUUAUUAGGCCCAUAGUACAUGGGGUGUAUGCUCUACUGGCAGUUUCAGCUGCUGGGGAAGCACUUGAAUAUGGGCCUUGCAGCUUGUUAUUCACUUGAAUGGAAUCUAAGCAUUGAUGGGUGGAUUUUGGCCAGCAAAGGCACAUUUGGGCCUGUCACCACUAGUACCAGACAGAUUCCAUUCAAGUAUAUGACAGGCUGUGUGGCCACACUCAGCCAGCAGGGAAUACACCCCUCGCGCCAUGUGCCUUAAAGACAGUCACAAAAGGAUAAAAAGACAGCACAAAGCUCUCUGGUGACUUUAUAAGAAUUGCUUUUUUUUGUUGUUUACAAAAAUAUACACUUUUGCCCUUAGUACAGAUGACUACAUUUGUUGCUGAAAUGAUCUUUUUUUUAGAGAAUCUAUGGCAGUAAAUGCAGUCUUGAUAUUUUAACAUGUUUUAUUAUAUAAGAACAAUGUGUCGGAUUUAAAUGUAAUAGUAAAAUUUGUUGUAUGAAUUCUCAUUUUGCCCAUUGUUAUGGGGAGUGAUUUAGCCUUGGCCACAAAUUUCAAUCUGUCCAACAUUCUCACACAUUGUAUAAUACAUAUAGGCUUACAUUCCAUCCUCUCAUCCAUUGUUCCAUGCACUAAGCGUAUUCACAAACGCAGUCACCUCUCACUGUAUGCCGUGCUGCCUGCUACACAAAGGGGCGGGGAAGAUUUUUCAAAUUUUUACAGAAUUAGAUUUAUUUGUGCUAAAACAAAUUCAAAUUAGAAUUCUAAAAAAACUUGAUAGUAAAACUUCCUGUUCUAAAAGCUUACACAUUUUAAUAGACGUCGGUGGGAGUUUAUGAUUUUUUUUUUUAUUUGAGUUUUUCUAUUUUUUUGUUUUAUUUUUAAAGUUUGUCAAGCCUAUGGAAAUGAUGAGUAGAAUGCAAAUUCUCUGCAUUCUAGUGUUAUUGUUUCACAUUUUUAUUUGAGUUUGGUAACAUUUUCAGUUUUGUUAAAUUAUAAAACAAAAAAAAACCCUCAAAAUUUCACAAAUUUAAAUUUUUGUAUAUUUCAAGUGCUGCGCCUCUCUCUAUGCAGUGCUGCCUGCCCCUUAAAGUGCUGCGUUUGCUGAGCUUCAGGCCCUGACUGGCAAUCUGUGGAUUCUGGCAAAUGCCAGAGGGGCUGCUGUUAGAUGUUAUAGACAGUUAGUACUUGGUGGGCUGGUGGGGCCAUUUGGGCCUCUGUGUAUUUGGAAUGCCAGGGCCUAUUUUGACUCCCAGACCAGACUCCAGACCUGCUGAGCUUAGUGCAUGGACCAAUGCACCUCUGGGCACUUAAAGCACAUCUGGAUGAGUAAAGGUGCACUUUGCACACUGCUGGUUGUUUGUAUU